AACAGCGGGUUGUCUUUCCAACAGUAGGUGCAGACGGUGAAUCUUGUCCUGGUUGAAGGAUUACAAAUCUGCAGUAACUCUUCGCUGACUGCAUCACAAGCCCUCAUAAAUAAAGUGUUGCAGCUGUGCUGUUAUUGGUAAGACUAAAAAAAUCAUGCUCAUGGACUGGAGAAAACAAGACUGUGCCGGACUAAACACGUGUGAAAAACAAAGCGUGCAAAAGAAAAAAAAGAAGCAAGAUCCCUAAGGACUGACUCUUGGUGUUAGUGCCAUGGAUCACACAAGCCCAGGCAGCCUCCAUAGCUGAGAGACUGCCCUGAAAAUGGAGGUCUUCAACUCAGGCUCCAUCUCUAGAGGCAAAUCUUUAUGGAUGGCAUCAUCUAUUAAACAUUAAGCAUACACCCGGUUGCCGUCACAAUGCGGAUGCAUUCUAAAUGAAGGACCCUCAUUACAAAGUGAACUGGGCAGUGACACAGAUGAAGUAUGUAGCACCUUUUACAGCAUCUAAAACAAAGACCUGGUCAGUAUGGAGGAUCAGACUACCAAUGUGAUUCAGAUUUAUGUGAAUGGCACCGAGCAGCUCAAUGCUUCGUUUGACUUCAACAUAACUGAUGUGAAAGAAAGCACAGACACCUAUGAGUUUUACAUCAUCGGCCUGUUUCUCUCAUGCCUGUACACCAUUUUCCUGUUCCCCAUCGGUUUCAUUGGGAACAUCCUCAUUUUGGUGGUCAACCUCAACCACAGGGAGAGGAUGACCAUCCCAGAUCUGUACUUUGUCAACCUGGCUGUGGCAGACCUUAUUCUGGUGGCAGACUCUCUCAUUGAGGUCUUCAAUCUCAACGAGAAGUACUACGACUAUGCCGUACUGUGUACCUUCAUGUCGCUUUUUCUCCAAGUAAACAUGUAUAGCAGCAUCUUCUUUCUGACAUGGAUGAGUUUUGACCGCUACAUCGCUCUCACCAGCUCCAUGAGCAGCAGUCCAUUGCGAACCAUGCAGCAUGCCAAACUCAGCUGCAGCCUCAUCUGGAUGGCCUCCAUCCUGGCAACUCUGCUUCCUUUCACAAUCGUGCAGACACAACAUACCGGUGAGGUGCACUUCUGCUUCGCCAAUGUCUUUGAGAUUCAGUGGCUCGAGGUGACGAUUGGAUUUCUGGUGCCGUUCUCCAUUAUUGGCCUGUGCUACUCCCUGAUCGUCCGCACUCUUAUGCGUGCCCAGAAGCACAAGGGAUUGUGGCCCCGUCGUCAAAAGGCCCUGCGCAUGAUUGUGGUGGUUGUGUUGGUGUUCUUCAUCUGCUGGCUGCCUGAAAAUGUCUUCAUUAGCAUCCAGCUGCUCCAAGGCACAGCCGAUCCAUCAAAGCGCACUGACACAACACUGUGGCAUGACUACCCUUUGACCGGCCACAUUGUCAACCUAGCUGCAUUCUCCAACAGCUGCCUGAACCCGAUAAUUUACAGCUUUCUUGGGGAGACCUUCAGGGAUAAGCUGCGACUCUUCAUUAAGAGGAAGGCAAGUUGGUCUGUGGUCUACCGCUUCUGUAAUCACACUCUGGACCUGCAGAUCCCUGUCAGGAGUGAGUCUGAAUUGUAGCACAGUGCAAAUAGAUGGUAAAGAGGGACAUGGUGCAUAGGGAAGUGGUUAGAGUGAUUUCACCAAGUAGGACAUGUUCCUGGAUCAACAUUUUUGUUGAUCCUAGAACGACAUUCCAGCCAAUUGGAUUUAAGAGAUAAAUUUGCAGUUUAUCUUACGUUUAGGCUUUCAGUAAGGGUUAUGUGAUUGUACGUAAUUGUUAUCCAACUAAUAAUCUCCUUUGAUUUUGGGUUAGGGUUAGGUUUGGGGGUAGGGAUUAGGUUUGGAUUAUAUUUUUUAAUUAGGAAUUAUGUUCCUUGAACAUUGAUGUUAAUCUAGGAUUGCAUCCUACUUGGCAAAAAUCACAUCAACUACAGGGCAGUCUGCUUGGAGGAGCCCACAGAAGAACUUUAUUUAAACAUGAGGAGCCAGAGCAGAAGGCUGUCCAUAGGGCCCAGUAUCCCUCGCACCACUAAUGAGUGCACACUUGGCAACCUGCAGUUCCUGAAGUUGGCAUCUGCUUUGGCUCACUUUCCAGAACUUGAUCAAGUAGUGACACGGGUUGACGUAAUGAACACUGCUUAAUGUUUAAGGUCACCUAAGUGAACCAAGGAUUAUUCAGGCUGAAUCUCCUGCUGAUGAAGUGGAUUACAAGAUGCGAGUGCUUGCCCUAUAGCUGGCUUUUACAGUUAACUGAAAUAGAGAUGUCAUUUCAAAACGAAGACUUUCGUAAGAACGAGCCCAUUCUAAAGGGAACAAAUAAAGUCAUCAAAGUACACAUAACCCCUUUCUCAGUCAUUUUAAUAUAUA